AUAAAUUGCCUGCAUCAAGAAAAAAAAAAAAAGGAAAUUGUCAACGGUUUGGAAUUGUGAAAUGAAAUUUUAAGUUCAGGCUUCGCCCCAAAUACGCCAUGAGUAUUUUAGCUGCAUAUGCUGGUCCUAAAGGUGACACAGAAUUUGGGCUCAAUGUGUUUAAGAAAGGCUGGUUCGCUGAGACGGGCACUCUGACUGGCGAUCAAGCGCUGGCAAUAAAAGUAGAUAAAAUUUUAUAUCAAGGAAAAUCAAAGUAUCAGGAUGUGAUUGUCUUUGAAAGUUCUGCUUGGGGGAGAGUUCUGAUCCUUGACGGAGACGUCCAGUGCACCGAGUUGGACGAAUUUUCUUACCAAGAGAUGAUCACGUUUCUGCCUAUAAACUCCCAUCCCAACCCCAAGAAGGUUCUAGUUAUCGGAGGAGGUGACGGAGGUGUUAUCAGGGAGGCUUCGAAACAUCCUCUGGUCGAAUCGGUCACAUUGUGUGAAUUGGACGAAAAAGUUAUUGAAGUGACAAAGAAGUUCUUGCCAUCCAUGGCCAAAGGUUUCGACAGUCCGAAGCUGAAGCUCUGCAUAGAAGAUGGAGCAGAAUACAUAAAAACGCAUCAGGGUGAAUUCGAUGUGAUCAUAACAGACUCGCCAGAUCCGAAAGCUCCCGCCGUCUGCCUUUUCCAACGACCCUAUUAUGAAGCUCUGAAAAACGCUUUGAAGCCGGGAGGAAUCAUAGCCUCUCAAGGAGCGUCAUUUUGGUACGACAGGAACCUGGUGAAAGAAAUGCUCAAACUGUGCCGAUCGCUCUUCCCCGUCGUCGAAUAUGGAGCAUCCUAUGUCCCUUCCUUUCCUGCUGGACAAAUCGGACACAUCUGUUGCUCCACUUCUAAGGAUACCAACUUUCGGGAACCCAUUCACAAGUUUUCAGAUGACAUGCUGGAAAAAAUGGAGUUGAAAUAUUACACUACAGACGUCCACAGAGGUGCUUUUGCGCUUCCACUGAUGGUGGCGAAGGAUUUUGAACAAAAAUGGAGAACCUAAAUAAUAUGAAACCUAUCGCAUGUGGGAAUAUUUUGACACAUCAACAUAGCUCAUCAAAAAGUACAUGAUCUUUGCUGCAACGUAAUACAGAAUUGUUGCAUUAGAUCUUCCUUAUUUUUAUAUAAAAUAGUUUAUUUGCUUUGUUGUAAAAUUUUAAAAUAUCUCAUAAUAUGCAUUAUUUCUGUUUGUGUAUUAAAAAAAUUUAUUUCAUAAAUAAAUAGUGAAAGAAUUGUAAUGAAAUAAACUAUUUUGGAUUGUAAGAA